AUGAGAAAUUUAAGAGGGAUCCAAUAUGAGCAAUGGAGGCCUCCUGCGCAAUAUCAGAAUAGACCUAUAACAGCGGCGGCGUGGGAUCUGGCAAAUGAUGCUGUCGUUUGUACCGUUGGUCCUACUGAAAAUGACGCAGUAAUACAACUUAUUAGAGUCAAGACAACCUCAAAAUCACUUGACGACACUCUCAUCACAUCAUGGGAAGCACCAUCACCGAACCCGGAUUUGGCCUGUGACAAAGUGUUAAGUCUUCAUCAUUUUGGAGAUAGCUUGACGACAUGUCUUGUUCUUGCAGGUGGCGACAUCGUUGUCGUUAGAGAAGAUCCUCAACCUGGUGAAGGUCAGAUUGAAAUUAUGGGCUCAGUCGAUGCUGGUAUCACUGCGGCAAGAUGGUCACCUGACGAAGAAUUGUUGGCAAUCACAACUAAGGAAGAUACCGUCAUUUGGAUGAGUCGCAGCUUCGAUGGCGUUGCAGAUAUUACCAUGACCAAAGAGGAUCUGAAAGCUUCAAAUCAUGUAUCUGUUGGUUGGGGUAAGAAGGAAACCCAAUUCCAAGGCAGAGGAGCCAAAGCUUUACGAGAUCCGACUAUGCCUGAGAAGACUGAUGAAGGUGUUCUGAGUCCAAAUGAUGAUUCGAGUGUCACUAUCAGCUGGAGAGGUGAUGGAGCUUAUCUUGCUAUAUCUACUAUUGAAUCAGCUGCCCGUCGUAUAAUUCGAGUAUAUUCCAGAGAAGGUGAACUCGAUAGUGUCAGCGAGCCCGUAGAUGGUCUCGAAGGCGCUUUGAGCUGGAGACCUUCUGGAAAUUUGAUCGCCGGCAUUCAACGACUGGAAGAAAGAAUCGAUGUAGUAUUUUUUGAGCGUAAUGGAUUACGACAUGGAGAAUUCAGUCUCCGACUCACUCAAGAGCAACGUCAACUUCCUAAUCAGUACAUCAAAUUAGCCUGGAAUUCUGAUUCUACGGUGUUGGCUGUUGUGAUGGCUGAUUGCACUCAGUUAUGGACAAUGGGUAAUUAUCAUUGGUACCUCAAGCAAGAGAUUAGAAACCAUCACGCUCCUUUGGUUGCCACUAAUCCUGUCGCUUGGCACCCAGAAAAGCCGCUGAAAUUCUUGUCUGUUGCUGAGGACACUAUUGAUCUUGCAGAGUAUAUUUUCACGACAUCUCGUGGUACUUUGGCACCACCGCACGAUUUUGGAGUGCUCGCUGUUAUUGAUGGACAAGAUCUCAUGGUCACCCCUUUCCGAGUAGCAAACGUCCCACCUCCUAUGGGUCAUCACGAAGUCACAAUACAAUCCAAUGCCAUCGAUGUUGCCAUCAAUGCUGAUGCUUCAUUACUUGCCGUUCUACAUCAAGAUGGUAUUUCAAUUUUCGAAUUAGAUGCUACCAAACGGGUCGCACCUACUCCGACAUUGUCUGGUCAAUUUACAUUUGAUUCUGCCAUCAAAUCCACCAUUUAUCAACAAAUUACAUUCAGUGCCAAGAAUGAAAUACUCGCCUUGGGUCGAACCGAAACUGGCCCGGUUAUUCAAGGAUACUAUCUCACUGAGAUACCUGGUGAAAUGAAAGAAAAAGCUCUUGAAAACAACCCUACAUCAUCUGUAUCAAUAUUAUCAAGCUUUGUUGAAGAUGGUGCAAUGCAUCCAUACGCCCAAACUAGCUCCGGUGACCUUCAUAGCUUAGCUUUCGGCGAUGCAUCCUUAUCUUUCUGCAAUUUCUCCAAGCAAUUACCUUGGGUCGAUAUCAUACCAUUCGGUGACGGUCCAAAUGCUUAUGGAGAUGGCUGCAUAGCUUUUGGGUUGUCUAGUAACGGUCAUUUGUUUGCAAACACACGCCUACUGGUCCGAAACUGUACAUCAUUCUUAGUUACACCGGCACAUCUUAUAUUUACUACCACCACCCAUCUCCUCAAAUUUGUUCACAUCACAGAAGUUCAUGAUCUUGAGGUUCCAGCAGAUGAUCCGGAAAUUGACGAGAGAUGUCGAAGCAUUGAAAGAGGAGCUCGACUUGUCACUGCAAUGCCAACAUCUCUUAGUCUUAUCCUACAAAUGCCGCGUGGAAAUUUGGAGACUAUUUUCCCUCGUGCGAUGGUUCUUGCAGGUAUUCGAAAACUUAUCGAGGAAAAGAAUUACAGAAAGGCUUUCACUCAUUGCAGAACGCAGCGAGUGGAUAUGAACAUUCUAUAUGAUCAUGCUCCAGAGCAGUUCUUGUCAAAUGUUGCACUUUUUAUCGACCAGGUCAAGAAAAUCACUUACAUCGAUCUGUUCUUAUCGUCAUUGAGAGAAGAAGAUGUUACCCAAACAAUGUACAAAGAGACAAGAGUUGUGACUCAAAAUGGCAAUGUAGUACCUACCACCAAUGGUGCUAUCGAUCCCCAAGAGCCUGUCGAUAUUACAGUCACCAAAACUUCAAAGGUUAACAAGAUUUGCGACGCUGUUCUCGAAGUCCUCAAAACUCGCACUGCAACUAACCUACAAAACAUCAUCACAUCUAAUGUGUGCAAAAAUCCACCUGCAUUGGAUGAUGGCUUAUUGGUUGUUGCACAGUUGAUGAAGGAAGAUGAGGCUAUGGCUGAUAAGGCAGUUGAGCAUAUCUGUUUCUUGGCGGAUGUCAACCGAUUAUAUGAGAAUGCUCUUGGUCUCUAUAACCUUGAUCUUGCUCUUCUAGUCGCUCAACAAUCGCAGAAGGACCCCAGAGAAUAUCUUCCCUUCAUGCAAAAUCUACAACAAAUGACCGAGUUACGUCGUAAAUAUAGCAUUGAUGAUUAUUUAUCUCGCCACACCAAAGCGCUCAACCACCUCCACGAACUCAACGCGUUCGAGGAACUUCAAAAGUAUACUCAAAAGCAUGCUCUCUACAAGGCUGCUUUAGCUAUCUAUCGCUACAAUCCUGAACCUCUCGCUGUCAUUACGGCCCUCUACGCUCAAUAUCUUGAAUCUAAAUCCUCCUACAAGGAAGCCGCACUCGCUUACGAAUCCCUUCACAACUACGCAAAAGCUGCAUCUUGCUAUCUCGCCUCCGGACCUUCUCAAUGGCGCGAAACUCUUUUCUGUGCCCUCACAGGCGGUGCAGAUGGAAACCCAAUGAGCGGCUCUGCACUCGCCGAGCUAGCAAGCACAUUGUAUGAUGCCCUCAUCGAAAGCAAAGAUUACUAUGCCGCAGCAACCAUUCAACUCGAUUACCUCUCCUCUCUCGAAACCGCCUGCAGAACCUUCUGCAAAGGAUAUUUCUUCGCCGACGCCCUUCACCUCAUCGCACUCAAAGCCCGACCCGAUCUCCUCGAAAGCGUAAUCGACCCUGGUCUCGGCGAUGCCCUCGCAUCAAGCACCGAGUUACUAGCAGACUGCAAAGCACAACUCCUCGCCCAAGUCCCCCGCAUCCGCGAACUGAGACAAAAAGCGCUCGCCGACCCACUCGCUUUCUACGAGGGCGAAAGAGGAGGCGAUGGCGAAAUCCCAGAUGAUAUCUCCGUCGCGGCUUCUUCGCGCGUUUCGACAAAUCGCUCGCUUUUUACCCGUUAUACCGGUAAUGGAAGUGUCGGUACUGUGGGAACGGGAGUUAGUCGUGCUACGUCUAAAAAUCGACGAAGGGAAGAACGGAAAAGAGCAAGAGGUAAAAAGGGAAGUGUUUACGAAGAGGAAUAUCUCGUCGCUAGUGUCGGUAGAUUAAUGACGCGUGUGGAGGAUUCGAGAGGUGAAGUCGAGAGAUUGGUCGUAGGCCUCGUCAGAAGAGGAAUGUGGGAGCGAGCGAGAGCGAUUGAGGGGAGUAUGGUAGAAGUGGUCGCUUUGUGUAAGGGGUGUGUGGGAGAAGUUUUUGGUACUGCGGAUGCGGGUGCGGGUGCGAAUGGAAAUGCAAAUGAACAAGCAGUCGCAGAAGGUCAGGAAUAUAGACCAGUAGGUGGUGAUGCGGUGUAUGCGGAGAGUUUGCAGGCGGCGGGGAGGAAGAAGGAGGCACCUCAUCUUUCGGCGUUUGGAAAAUUGACCUUGUUGGGUACGUAG